AUGAUGGGCAGCAAGAUGGCUUCUGUCAUCAGGGUCGUUCAGGUAGUCAAGCCACUUACUCCAUUAAUAAGGUUCCCUGACAGAAGAGACAACCCUAAGCUCAAUGUAUCAGAAGCUUUGAGAUCAGCAGGAAUACCAUCUCACUCUUCUGCAUUUUCACAGCAUUCUGUGGGAAGUAAAUCACCAGAUUUGCUGAUGCAUCAGGAUCCUCCAGACACUGCAGAAAUAAUAAAAUCUUUACCUCAGAAAUACAGAAGGAAGCCUAUGUCUCAAGAAGAAAUUGAAUUUAUCCAACGUGGAGGUCCAGAAUAAUCACUGACAAGGCUGCUGUUUAUCAUCAGACAAAAGAAUUAUCUUUAUAGUAAAGGGACUUUCAAAUGACAAAUGAGCUAUUGUACAUUAAACAACUUUAGUAAAAUAUUCUGU